AUGAAGACACUUUUCCCUGGUAUUGCUGCGGCCUUGGUUUGCUUGUCGCAAGUCCAAGCAGGUUGGAUCACUUUCCAAAACGAGAACAAGCACAAAGAAGGUCUGCCUUGCGUUGGCUCGAUUUAUGGCAAUGAUAACUAUCUUAUCUCACACUUUGACUGUGGGGCUACGGACUGGAAUGCUACGAUGUGUGGCAUUCAUUGUUUCCCCUUCUCUUCCACAACUUGCGUUGGUGGUACACCGAACUACAAGGGCCAGGGUGAGAGUAAUGGUCUAUGGUACCAGCCACAUGGUAUGACCAACUCGUGCACGUACUUGGGUGAUAUUUUUGUGCAGCAGAAUUAUACAAUGGCCGGCCCUAACGUCACCUCUUGUGGCUACAUUGACUGGCCCGUGGAGCGUAAUUGGGGCACGGUGUUUGAUCACCCUGGUUAUGACGUGAAGACUGACGGCUGUUGGCCUGUAGACAAAGAGCCUGAACCAAAGUUCCCAAAGCACUAUGGACAUUACUUUGAUGGUGCUCGUCCCUUGUCUCAGCACUUUUGUGACGGUGAUUUUGCGAUGAGUUGUGGUCCCAAUGAAGAUCCCAAAUGCGAGUUUAGCGCAGAAAGCCCCAUACGCAUGAACUGCACGAUCACUGACAUGGGUCAACGCAAGAGGGAUUAA